GUUACAGUUCACAUCGCACAGGGAACUCAGAAUGAAGCUGGCACUGCUCCUGAUCCUCUGCUGUUGCCUCAUCGGAAUGGCCCUUGGUGACUCGGUUGUGGUGACCAAGCCCUCGUUCAUCCGCAGUCGCUACAGCUUGCGUUGGAAGAAGACAACCUCUGUGGCGCCUGAGGUGGUCACUGCUGAUGGACCCACCGUUCACACAGUCACCACCACCGACCAUCCCAAGCUGGCCACCUCCACGGCCAGUUCGGACUACGACUACUACGGAAAUGGGGAGACGGAGAACGUGGUGCACAAGUAAUAGCCAUAUGCCAGCACUAUCAUUAAGCGAACCUAUAAAUUAGCACCUCAUAUAAUCCGCGCGGUCAAAUAAAUAAACUA